UCGUACGUUUCUCUGAAGAGAAAUCCAAUAGUGUAUUCAAGGUCUUGAGGACAACCUAGGAGGUCUAAAUACUAUAAGUGCCACGGCUAGACCACAAGCCUAACCUUGAGAUCCAACUAUUCCAUCUUCAAGCAUUCAAGAACAAAAAUCUCGCUUUUGCAAUGCUUCAGCUUACUCAGUCCUUAUCUUGUCUCAUAUUGAGCCUCGGAGCGCAAGCUGCCGCCACGCCCGGAACGCUACAGAAACGCGACACAAUCACCCUCGGUGUCUUCCACGACGGAGGCUGCGCUGGCAGCUUCACCAAUAACUUUGACGUCUCUUCUGGCCGAUGCCAAGAUUUCUCAGGAAAUGUCUACGGCGCAGUCUUCCUAAACAGAGGCGGGAAUGUUUGCAAGCUCAAGUUCUGGGCAAAUGCCGGGUGCAGUGGGAAGGCGACGGUCAGCACGGUCAACCCUUACCAGGACCAUUCUUGCGUCGCUGUUGCCAACAAGGAUGGGCAAUUUUACUUGACUGAUGGAGCGCGGUCUGUUUACAUCACUUGCUGAUUCCUAAGCGCGGUUCAGUCCGUCGUUGAUAAAGAUUGUCUUGGGUAUCUUUCGCUCGUAAAACAAGUAAACCAGUUGUCCGCCCCCUUAUC